UAAUACACUAUUUUUAACAAGUGCUUUAUUGUUUAAAUUUAUUAAAAUUAUGGGUGAAGUUCUUUAAAUAAGAAAUAAGACUCGCAAAAUUUUGUAAUUCUCAGUAGAUUAUAACCAAUAAUAAAAGUAUAUCAGAAAGUAUGGUGCUAACAAGGUCAAAUAUAUUAAGAUAUUAUACAACUCAUUCGUUCUUACAAGAACUGAGUUCUGUUCAACAUACCAAAGAAUCCCCUACCUAUAGCUAUUGAGAGAGGGUGUGUUUACACUUUGGAAAUGGCAGAGAAAGAAGUGAGAAACAAGCAGUUGGUAUUAAGGGACUAUGUCACUGGCUUUCCCAAAGAAUCUGAAUUAUAUGUGACUUCCAAUGGUACCAUCAAACUGAAGCUAGAAGGUGACUCCAAAAGGGUUUUGGUCAAAAACCUCUUUUUGGCAGCUGAUCCACACCUCAGGCCCUUGAUGAAGAAAGCUGAUAACCUUAGUGUUUUGCAGUCCUUCACCCCUGGCUUACCACUGUAUGGAUAUGGAGUGGCUAAGGUUGUGGAUUCUAGGCACCCUGAUUUUGAAGAAGGUGACUUUGUGUGGGGCAUAACUGGAUGGGAAGAGUACACUAUCAUCUCAUCAUUUGAACACUUGUUCAAAAUUCAGCACUCUGAUGUUCCUCUGUCCUAUUAUGCAGGGAUCCUUGGAAUGCCUGGUUUAACUGCAUAUUCUGGAUUCUUUGAGGUUUGUGAUCCAAAGAAGGGGGAACAUGUCUUUGUUUCCGCAGCAGCAGGUGGCGUUGGUCAACUUGUGGGCCAAUAUGCAAAACUCAUGGGUUGUUAUGUUGUGGGAAGUGCUGGAAGUAAAGAAAAGGUUGAUAUGCUGAAGGAUAAAUUUGGGUUUGACGAAGCUUUUAAUUAUAAGGAAGAACAUGACUUGGAAGCAGCCUUGAAAAGGUACUUUCCUCAAGGAAUUGACAUAUAUUUCGAUCUUGUUGGGGGCAAAAUGCUGGAUGCGGCUCUCGUGAACAUGCGAGUCCAUGGUAGAAUUGGAGUGUGUGGAGUGAUCUCUCAGCUCACUCUAAAGGAGCCUGAAGCACUGAAAAAUGCAAUGUGUCUUGUUUAUAAGAGGGUUCGCAUGCAAGGGUUCAAUGUGGUUGACUAUUAUCACAUUUAUCCCAAAUUCUUGGACCUUUUGCUGCCUCAAAUAAGAGAAGGGAAGAUAUCAUGCUUGGAAGACAUAGUUGAGGGACUUGAGAAUGGCCCACAUGCAUUGAUUAGAGUUUUCAGUGGUCACGCCAUUGGAAAACAAGUAGUUUCAGUUGCCAAUGAAUAACACCUUUCUCUUACCUUUUUUUCUUUUAUUUCUUUGGACACUGUGUGAAAUUUCUCAAACAAAAAUAAAAAGUAAGCCUAGGAGUUCUUUUUACUUUAA